GGAACUUUCCGGGGGGUGGGGGGGGACUUGCUCUCCCCGCCUCCAGCCUCCGCCCGGCGGCCGGGCGGGGCCCCAGCCGAGGCCGUGAACCCGUGGAGGGAGCAGUAGCUUUUGCUGCGCCAACACUGUGGCCGGAGGUUCUGCGCACCUCUGGCCUGAUCCAGCCUGAAGAUGACCCCACUGGCCGCGGUGGUGUCCGGCUCCCGCACCCGGCUCUUUGCCUGCUUCCUCAGGCUGGGUGCUCAGCAGACCAGCCCACUUCAGCUGCACACGGGGGCCAGCCUCGCAGCCAAGAACUACUAUGAGGUGCUGGUGCUGGGUGGGGGCAGUGGUGGCAUCACCAUGGCCGCCCGCAUGAAGAGGAGGGUGGGCGCAGAGAAUGUGGCCAUCAUUGAGCCCAGCGAGAGACAUUUCUACCAGCCAAUCUGGACCCUGGUGGGUGCUGGUGCCAAGCAGUUAUCCUCAUCUGGCCGCCCCACAGCGAGUGUCAUUCCAUCGGGUGUGGAAUGGAUCAAAGACAGAGUGGCUGAUCUGAACCCAGACAAGAACUGCAUCCACACAGACAGAGGCAAGGAGAUCUCCUACAAAUAUCUUAUCAUUGCUCUCGGAAUCCAGCUGGACUAUGAGAAGGUUAAAGGCCUCCCUGAAGGUUUUGCCCAUCCCAAAAUAGGGUCCAAUUAUUCAGUCAAGACGGUAGAGAAGACAUGGAAAGCUCUGCAGGACUUCAAGGAGGGCAAUGCCAUCUUUACCUUCCCCAAUACUCCAGUAAAGUGUGCCGGGGCCCCACAGAAGAUCAUGUAUUUAUCCGAAGCCUACUUCAGGAAGGUGGGGAAGCGAUCCAAGGCCAAUAUCAUUUUCAACACUUCUCUUGGGGCUAUUUUUGGGGUCAAGAAGUAUGCAGAUGCCCUGCAGGAGAUCAUCCAGGAGAGGAACCUCACCGUUAACUACAAGCAGAACCUUGUUGAAGUCCGAGCUGAUAAACAAGAGGCUGUUUUUGAGAAUCUGAACAACCCUGGAGAGACUCAAGUGAUAUCAUACGAAAUGCUUCAUGUUACACCACCAAUGAGCUCACCAGACGUCCUCAAGACGAGUCCUGUGGCUGAUGCUGCCGGCUGGGUGGACGUGGACAAAGACACUCUGCAGCACAAGCGGUACCCGAACGUGUUUGGGAUCGGGGACUGCACCAACCUGCCAACGUCAAAGACCGCCGCCGCUGUAGCCGCCCAGUCAGGAAUCCUGGACAGGACAAUUUCUCUGAUCAUGAAGAAUCAAACACCAGUGAAGAAGUACGAUGGCUACACGUCGUGUCCACUGGUGACAGGCUACAACCGUGUGAUUCUUGCGGAGUUCGACUACAAUGCUCAGCCCCUGGAAACCUUCCCCUUUGACCAGGGCAAAGAGAGACUCUCCAUGUACCUCAUGAAGGCUGACAUGAUGCCCAUCCUGUAUUGGAACUUGAUGCUAAGGGGCUAUUGGGGAGGACCAGCCUUUCUGCGGAAAUUGUUCCAUCUGGGUAUGAGCUAAGGGUGGCCCAAACCCGGCUCUCCUUGGAUGGCUUCCGGACCAGAAUCGCAGCCACUGACUGACCGAGAGCAGCGUGAAGAACUCAAAGCCUAACCCCGUGAAGAAUCCACUGCUGGGUGAUGGUGACCCAAUGCCUGCCUUUUCAGUACCUCUGCACGGCCUCCAUGCGGGCUGCCCAGGAGGAGCUUGAGUCUUUGGAAACAUGCAGAUGAAAGAAUAGACAUCUAUUUUUUAAAUAAAAGCUUGCCAUUGAUUGAGA